AUGUCAAAGAUAGCCGGUGCCAGUGCUGCGUUGAAGGCGGAACGCGAAGAAGAAGAGCAGAAGCUAGCUGCACGAUCUGCUGUCAACUGGAAGGUACUCUAUUUUUAUUCAUCCGGACCUGGUUCGAAAGAAUCUUCUCUACUUAAAUCGUUCCAGGCAAAUUUGGAUAAACAAAGGAAGCAGCUGGAUUACAGCGACAUUUUCGAUGAAGACGUAGGUAGAGAUGAAGGUUUGUGGGUAUGGGAGAUUGAGAAUUUCUAUCCCUCUCUCAUUGAUGAAGCAUUUUACGGACAAUUUUACGACGCGGACGCCUACUUGGUAUUAAAAACUACAAAGGAGAUUUCGGGAAGUAUACGACACGAGAUCUACUACUGGCUAGGUGAGAAGGCUACACUUGAUAAAGGAAUGUGUGCAGCUGUGCACGCCGUUGGCCUGCGUAACCAUCUCAAUGCUACGUGUCGGACCAUUCGGGAAGAAAUGAACGAUGAAUCUGAGGAGUUUCUGGAUCUUUUUGGUGGAGAAGAAAUUGUGUAUAUUGAGGGUGCUCGUACUAGCACUGGCUUUUUUACUGUCGAAAAGCCACCUCAUAUCACAAGGUUGUAUCGAGCUUCAGUCAACGGCACAGCUGUGGAGAUGGAGCCAGUACCUGUUGCGAUGGAAUCCCUUGAUCCUCGAUACUGCUUUCUUCUUGACGCCGGUGACACGCUUUGGAUUUGGAGCGGUUGGAAAGCCAGGGUAAUUACAUGUGCUUUGUCCAAUAUACUUUUUCUCUAG